AUGAUGCCCAAUGCGCCCAUCAUCUUGUUGCGCGAAGACACCGACAUCUCACAAGGAACAUCGCAGCUUUUGCACAACAUUGGCGCAUGCGCUUCCAUCGUAUCUUGCGUCGCCUCGACACUCGGCCCUCGCGGCAUGGACAAGCUCAUCGUCAACGAACGUGGUCAAGCGACCAUCUCCAACGACGGCGCCACCAUCCUCAAGCUGCUCGAUAUCGUCCAUCCUGCGGCCAAGACGCUCGUCGACAUUGCACGUGCUCAGGAUGCCGAGGUGGGUGACGGCACAACGUCGGUCGUCCUGCUUGCAGGCGAGAUGCUGAAGGAAGCUAAGCCGUUCAUUGAAGAAGGCGUGGCUCCACAUAUCAUCAUCAAGGGCUACAGGAAAGCGGUGCAGCUUGCAGUGGAAAAGAUCAAGGAUAUGGCCGUUACCAUCGACAAGUCGGACAAGCAGGCAUUCUACGAUCUGCUGAUCAAGUGCGCCGGUACCAGCAUGUCGUCCAAGCUCAUCGUAUCGCAACGCCCCUUCUUCAGCAAGAUGGUCGUGGACGCCGUCACGUCAUUGGAUCAGGACGAUUUGGACCAGAGCUUGAUCGGUAUGAAAAAGGUACCUGGUGGAGGUAUGCAGGAUUCGCUCCUCGUGCACGGUGUCGCUUUCAAGAAGACCUUUGCGUAUGCUGGAUUCGAGCAGCAGCCAAAGAGCUUCACCAACCCCAAGGUUCUCUGUCUCAACGUCGAGCUCGAGCUCAAAGCCGAAAAGGACAACGCCGAGGUGCGAAUCAACGAGGUCUCCGAAUACCAAGCCGUCGUGGAUGCCGAGUGGCAGAUCAUCUUCAACAAGCUCGAAGCCAUCGUCAAGACCGGUGCCAAGGUGGUCCUCUCCAAGCUCCCCAUCGGUGAUUUGGCGACGCAGUACUUUGCCGACCGCGACAUCUUCUGUGCCGGUCGUGUACCCGCCGACGACAUGAAGCGUGUUGUCCAAGCCGUCGGAGGCUCGGUGCAAAGCACCUGCUCCGACAUCAGCCCGGACAAGCACCUCGGAACCUGCGGCAAGUUCGACGAGCGCCAAAUCGGAGGCGAGCGCUUCAACGUCUUUGAGGAGUGCCCUCAGGCCAAGACGUGCACGCUCAUCCUCCGUGGUGGUGCCGAGCAAUUCAUCGCCGAGGUGGAACGCAGUCUCCACGACGCCAUCAUGAUCGUUCGACGAGCCAUCAAGAACUCGCACGUCGUCGCUGGAGGUGGAGCUACCGAGAUGGAGCUGUCCAAGUACCUGCGCGACUACUCCCGUACCAUCCAGGGCAAACAGCAGCUGAUCAUCGGUGCCUUUGCCAAAUCGCUCGAGUGCAUCCCGCGUCAGUUGGCAGACAAUGCUGGGUUCGACGCGACCGAUCUGCUCAACAGGUUGCGCAUGAAGCAUGCGCAGGGUGCUCAGUGGGAAGGAAUCGACAUCGACGCCGAGGAUACGGCGAAUCUGAUGGAUAAAUUUGUGUGGGAGCCGAGUCUGGUCAGGAUCAACGCUCUGUCGUCGGCGGCGGAGGCGGCUUGUUUGAUCUUGAGCGUCGAUGAGACGAUCAGGAAUCAGGCGAGUGAGAAGGCUCAGCCCGGUCCCAAGGCUCCUCCGGGAACAAUGCAGAAGGCGAUGCGUGGGAGGGUGCCUCGUCGUUGA